AUGAAAGUGCUCCCAGGCAAUCCCCUGGGGAUCGGUGAUCCAGUGCUUGUCGCUGCGUGCAUAGCAGCAGGUGGUGGCGCCUUCGUCGAGCAUCGCCAGGUCGGCGGCCCUGGCGCGUGCCUUGAGCGCAUCCAGCUCCUCGGCCUCAUCCACUUGGAAGCCCAGGUGGUCCAGGCCGGCUUUCUCGCCUCGCGUCGAAAUGGCGAAGUUCACCCGGGGCUCAUCCAGCAUCCACUUCGCGUAGUCGCUUUCCACGCGGGCGGGCUCGGCACCAAACAGCUGGGAAUAGAACGCGAUGUUCUUGGCCAGAUCGUCGACGUGCAUAUGGACAUGGAAGCGUUUCAUCGUGGACUCCGUUCAGCAGUUGCAGGGCAAGGCAUCCACCGUGGCGCAUGCGGCGCCCUGGCAGCAGUUUUCGGUAAGGUAGGCGAGCAGGUCGUUCAUCGCCGCAAAGGACGCCCGGUACAACACAUUGCGGCCCAGGCGCUCCUGGCUGACCAGCUCGGCAUGGGACAGCUCCUUGAGGUGGAACGACAGCGCGUUGGGUGCGAUACCCAACUGUUCGGCCAAGGCGCUGGGCGUAAGCCCCGCAGGGCCGGCGACUACCAGGGCGCGGAAAACGCGCAGGCGCGCUUCAUGGGCCAGGGCCGAAAGCGAUCGGAUGACUUGGGUUUCUUGCAUGCAUCAAUAAUACAACUAUU